UGUUAUUAAAUCUCUUUAGUGUAGUGUCUCAUCUCUGCUGAUGACUGUCCAACAGCUGAAGCACCUUGUAUGCUUAAAUUUAAAAUGAAAGAUGAAAUUGCUGCCACAGUCUUCUUCAUCACAAGGCUAGCGAAAAAGGAAGAUAAGCUGAGCAAGCAUAAAAUGGAGAAAUUUGCAGCUAAGCUGACAGCAGUACUCUUUGAAAAGUAUAAGAAUCACUGGUACUUGGACAAUCCAUCCAGAGGGCAAGCUUUCAGGUGUAUAAGAAUAAACAAGCACCAGACAAGAGAUCCGCUGCUGGAGCAAGCUUGUGUGCAGAGUAAUGUGGACUUCAAUAAGCUUGGUUUGCCAAAAGAGAUGACACUAUGGGUUGAUCCUUUUGAAGUGUGUUGCAGAUAUGGAGAGAAGAAUCAGCCCUUCACAAUUGCGCACUUUGAGGGAGAGAACCCAAAACUUCCUCAGCAGAUCAGCUGUGCUGUUGAGAAGGCAGCACUAGACUAUCAGUCUGGCAUUUCUUCAGAUGAGGAGAGCUUCAACAGGGAGCCAAAAGCUAUCCCUACUGUCAGCAAUCCUAACAGCGUUUACCAGUUCAGUAACUACUACAAGGCACCCAUACAGCCCUGGUCCCAGUAUCUUCAUAGGAAGACCUAUAUGACUGAUGGCUCAAACUAUAUCCAGCACAGGGGUCACAAGUUCUACAGAUCAACAGCUGCUUUCACAGGAGUGUAUGUUGAUAGAUACCACUGGGUCAACCCCAAGCGGUAGAUUCAUGGUUGCCCCUAUUAUAGACUGUUGAAACAUUGAGCUGUGGUGUGGGAUGAAGGCUGGCAAUACAGAGUUUGAUGAAAACAGAAAUCACUUACUGUCUAAUCCCUGUCUCUUACUUUGUGCAUUUGAAACUCUGGGGUUUUAUUAUAGUACCUUUUAAAUGUUUUAUAAUGUUAACAAGAUUUAAAAUUAAUAUGAGACUCUAUUUGUAAGUUAAAAAGGAAAUACAUAUAUCAAUAAAUCUGCUGAUGUUUUUUAUAAAA